AAUAAAAAAUGAAGCGAAAAUAACCUUGAAUAUCGGUGGUUUGACGCCCAAUUGAGGUCGUCAAGGGGGCCAAAAUUUCGGGGGAAAGAAAAUGUGGAGUUGCAAUUCAGUGUUGAACGUCUUCCUUUGUCUUUGUUUCGCAUUUGUUGCUGUUGGCGCGUCGUCUGGUGAACCCCAACUUGGAUCUGCUCGUGUUGUUUUUCAGACCGAAUAUGGGGAUAUCGAGUUUGGGUUCUAUCCCACUGUUGCACCCAAAACCGUUGACCACAUUUUCAAGCUUGUUCGUCUCGGCUGCUACAACACUAAUCAUUUUUUUCGGAUUGAUAAGGGGUUUGUAGCUCAAGUGGCAGAUGUGGUUGGUGGAAGAUCUGCUCCUAUGAAUGAAGAACAAAGAAUAGAAGCAGAGAAGACUGUGGUUGGUGAAUUUAGCAAAGUUAAGCAUGUUAGAGGUAUUCUUUCUAUGGGCAGAUAUUCUGAUCCGGACAGUGGAUCGUCCUCGUUUUCAAUGCUUCUUGGAGAUGCCCCUCAUCUUGAUGGUGAGUAUGCAAUAUUUGGAAAAGUUACUAAAGGUGAUGACACAUUGAAAAAACUUGAGCAACUUCCUACUCGUCGUGAGGGGAUCUUUGUGAUGCCCAAGGACCGCAUCACAAUUCUGUCAUCAUACUAUUACGAUACCGAGAUGGAAAGUUGUGAACACGAUAGGUCAAGUUUGAAACGGAGGCUUGCUGCAUCUUUCGUUGAAAUUGAAAGACAGAGGAUGAAAUGCUUCCCCUGAUAAAAGCAAGAAUGAACCAGAUCAGCUUGAAAAAAUGUUUGUGGCUGCUCUCAACUUACUUGUCUGUUUAUGUUGUUCAUAGUUAUCGGACAAAACUCAACAAAAACCGGUUGUGGCCGGCAAAGAAUGGACAAUUUUUUACCCAGAACAGAAACAAGGAAUAUUUUUGAUUGCAGUGGUAAGCAUGGCAACAAAGUACAUGAAGAGCUAAAAUGGCUUAUCCCUCAUAAAUGCUAUUUUGAAUUAUUCGUUUACUGUGUAUGAAUAUCUAGACCAAAGCAUGUUCUAAAUGAAGCUUGGAUAAUGGACUAACCGCUGAUUGAGACCUAA